UUUUUUGAAGUUUAAAGUAAAGAAAACAAGACAACAACAUGUAUCCCUUUGGAACUCCAACUGUAUUCCCAGCCCAGAAUUUUGAUCCCGUCAAAGAUGCCCAUGACUUACGCAAGGCCAUGAAAGGCUUUGGCACCGAUGAGGAUGCUCUCAUCAACAUCAUAUGCCGUCGUUCUAAUGAACAGAGACAGGAAAUCCAACGCCAGUAUAAAACACAUUUUGGAAAAGAUCUUAUUGAGGAUAUACGCUCCGAGACAAGUGGAAAUUUCGAAAAGCUGUUGGUGGGUCUGUUGCGUCCCAUUGUUGAUUUCUAUUGUCAUGAGCUGAAUGAUGCCAUGGCUGGUAUUGGUACUGAUGAAGAUGUUCUCAUUGAAAUUUUAUGUACUCUAUCGAAUCAUGAGAUUCACACAAUUAAAAAUCAAUAUUUAAGAUUAUAUGGUGCCCAUUUGGAAUCGGAAUUAAAAUCCGAAACAUCUGGUAAUUUCAAACGCUUGUUGGUCUCAUUGUGCACCGCGGCUCGCGAUGAAAGCGGUCACACUGAUCGUGCUGCCGCCCAAAGCGAUGCUCGUGAAUUGUUAAAGGCUGGUGAGCUGCGUGUCGGCACAGAUGAAAGUAUGUUCAAUAUGAUUUUGUGCCAACGCAAUUAUCAGCAAUUGAAAUUGAUUUUCCAAGAAUACGAAACAAUGACCGGGCACUCCUUGGAAAAGGCAAUUAAAAAGGAAUUCUCUGGUGACAUCAUGGAAGGUCUAAUUGCCAUUUGUCGUUGUGUUAACAACAAGGCUGAAUAUUUUGCUUCACGUUUGCACAAGAGUAUGGCUGGCAUUGGUACCAAUGACAAACAGUUAAUACGUGUGAUUAUCACCCGGUGUGAGAUCGAUAUGGCUGACAUCAAGGCUGCCUUUGAACGUAUGUACGGCAAGAGUCUAAAGAGCUGGAUUAAGGGCGAUACCUCAGGACAUUAUAAACAUGCUCUGUAUGCAUUGGUUGGGGAACAACGUUCAAAUUCUUAAGAU